AUGGCCACGCCCACGCCCAUGGCGGGCGAGGGGACGCUCGCCGCGGUGAUGCCGCGGUCGCCGCCCCCGCCGGCGACGGCGGAGGCGGCCCCGGGGUCGGCCGCCGAGGCGCCGAUGCUCAUAUUCCUCUACUUCCACAAGGCGAUCCGCGCCGAGCUCGAGGGGCUGCACGGCGCCGCCGUGCGCCUCGCCACGGAGCGCGCCGGCGACGUGGCCGCGCUCGCCGACCGCUGCCGCUCCUUCGUCAACAUCUACAAGCACCACUGCGACGCCGAGGACGCGGUUAUCUUUCCAGCACUUGAUAUUCGAGUCAAGAAUGUUGCAGGGACCUAUUCUCUAGAGCAUAAAGGGGAACAUGACCUCUUUUCCCAGCUGCUUGCUUUAUUACAACUCGAUAUACAAAAUGAUGAUGCCCUUCUGAGGGAACUUGCAUCCUGUACAGGAGCCAUACAAACAUGCCUCACCCAGCAUAUGUCCAAGGAAGAAGAGCAGGUCUUCCCGUUGCUUACCAAGAAAUUUUCGUAUGAAGAACAGGCUGAUUUAGUGUGGCAGUUCUUAUGCAGCAUUCCUGUAAACAUGCUGGCGGAGUUCCUUCCAUGGCUUACAGCUUCUGUUUCAUCUGAUGAACAUGAAGAUAUUCGUAACUGCUUAUGUAAAAUAGUACCUGAAGAGAAACUUCUUCAGCAGGUUGUGUUUACUUGGAUCGAAGGGAAAGCAACAAGAGAAGUGGCGCAGAGUAUCGUCAGUGAUAAUUUUGAAAGAAGUCAUAGCUGCAAGGAUGCCUCCGUUGUUGAUCAAGCUGAUGGUCAGGCUGACAGGUAUCCCAUUGAUGAGAUCUUGUAUUGGCAUAAUGCUAUCCGUAAAGAAAUGAAUGAUAUAGCAGAGGAGACAAGAAGUAUGCAGCAGUCUGGAGAUUUUGCUGAUAUAUCAGCCUUCAAUGUGAGGCUGCAGUUUAUUGCAGAUGUGUGCAUCUUCCACAGUAUCGCCGAGGAUCAGGUUGUAUUUCCUGCAGUCAAUAGCGAAUUGUCCUUCGUGCUGGAGCAUGCUGAAGAAGAACGGCGAUUUAACAAUUUUAGACGCUUAAUUCAGCAAAUUCAAAUGGCAGGAGCAAAAUCAACUGCAGCAGAAUUUUACUCCGAGUUGUGUUCACAUGCUGAUCAGAUAAUGGAGGCAAUUGAGAAACACUUCUGUAAUGAAGAAACCAAGGUGCUUCCCCAAGCUAGGGUUCUUUUCUCUCCUGAGAAGCAAAGGGAACUUCUAUACAAAAGUCUGUGUGUCAUGCCGUUGAAGCUAUUGGAACGUGUUUUACCAUGGUUGGUAUCAAAACUGAGCGAUGAGGAGGCAUCUUCUUUUCUUCAGAAUAUGCGCUUGGCAGCACCAUCAUCUGAAACCGCACUGGUCACACUUUUCUCUGGUUGGGCAUGCAAAUCUCGCUCAGAGGACAAAUCCAAUUCUGGAGAAUAUAUAUGCUUAACAACGGGGGCAGCAAGAUGCCUGUUGGACGAUGUGGAUGAGCUGAAAAAAUGUCAAUCAUUUUGUCCAUGUGCUUCACGUAGCAGUGCAGAUGUUGCUCUGCGUUUGGAAGAUGAAAAUGGCUCUAGGCCAGGCAAGCGAGGAAAUGAUGCUGAAUCUGUUCUUGGUACUAAUGGCAAUUGCUGUUCUCAAAUUGCUGACACUGAAGCACGCCCAUGUAGCAAAAAACCUUGUUGCAUUCCUGGGUUGAGAGUAGAAACCAAUAACCUUGGUAUUGGUUCACUGGCUUCUGCAAAUUCCUAUCUCUCUUUAUCAUACAAUUCGUCUGCACCUUCAUUGUAUUCGAGCCUUUUUUCAUGGGAUACAGACACCUCAUUGUCUUGUUCUGAUGGCAUUUCAAGGCCAAUCGACACCAUAUUCAAAUUCCACAAGGCGAUUCGCAAGGAUUUGGAGUAUUUAGAUGUUGAAUCUGGAAAGCUUAUUGAUGGUGAUGAGUCUUGCCUUCGCCAAUUCAUUGGAAGAUUUCGUUUAUUAUGGGGUCUUUACAGAGCACACAGCAAUGCUGAGGAUGAGAUUGUGUUUCCUGCUUUAGAAUCAAAAGAGCCACUGCACAAUGUGAGCCACUCGUACACUCUUGAUCACAAGCAGGAAGAGCAAUUAUUUGAAGAUAUAUCUAAUGUUCUCUGUGAGCUUUCACUGCUACAUGAGAGUUUGAACCAGCCUGAUACUGAAGAAUCAAAGGAAAACUAUUUGAAAUCAUCUAGUGGGAUAGAUUUGACUAGAAAGUACAAUGAGCUUGCUACAAAGCUUCAAGGAAUGUGCAAGUCUAUCCGGGCCGCGUUGUCUAAUCAUGUCCACAGAGAAGAACUUGAGCUGUGGCCAUUGUUUGACAAACAUUUUUCUGUGGAGGAACAAGAUAAGCUUGUAGGUCGCAUAAUUGGUACAACAGGUGCUGAGGUCCUCCAAUCAAUGUUACCUUGGGUUACAUCAGCACUUAAUCAAGAGGAACAGAACAAGAUGCUGGAUACAUGGAAGCAAGCAACCAAGAAUACGAUGUUUGGCGAGUGGCUGAAUGAGUGGUGGAAGGGAGUUCCGUCUGAUUCUUCGGCAGAGACAUCCUCUGUUCCAGAAGAUACUCAUUCGCAAGACAAGCUUGACCAGAAUGACCCGACGUUCAAGCCUGGUUGGAAGGACAUCUUUCGAAUGAACCAGAGUGAACUUGAGGCAGAGGUGCGAAAGGUUUCAAGAGACCCUACACUUGAUCCAAGGCGAAAGGCCUAUCUAAUCCAAAAUCUCAUGACUAGCCGCUGGAUAGCUGCUCAGCAAAAGCUACCAGAUCAAAGAUUAGAAGAGUGCAGUGGAGGGGCUGGUAUACCUGGAUGUGUUUCUUCAUACCGCGACCAGGAGAAGCAAAUAUUUGGUUGUGAGCACUACAAAAGGAAUUGUAAGCUUGUUGCCGCUUGCUGUAACAAGCUGUUCACGUGCAGAUUCUGCCAUGAUAAAGUUAGCGACCAUACAAUGGAAAGGAAAGCAACACAGGAGAUGAUGUGCAUGGUUUGUCUGAAGGUUCAACCUGUCGGUCCAAAUUGCCAAACUCCAUCUUGCAAUGGGCUAUCCAUGGCAAAGUAUUACUGUAAUAUCUGCAAAUUUUUCGAUGACGAAAGGACUGUGUACCAUUGUCCGUUUUGUAAUCUGUGUCGUCUUGGGAAAGGUCUUGGUGUUGAUUUCUUCCAUUGCAUGAAGUGCAAUUGCUGCCUUGGAAUGAAACUAACAGAACACAAAUGUCGGGAGAAAGGGCUAGAGACAAACUGUCCAAUCUGCUGUGACUUUCUAUUUACAUCAAGCGCGGCGGUUAGAGCUCUUCCGUGUGGCCACUUCAUGCAUUCAGCUUGCUUUCAGGCAUACACAUGUAGUCACUACACUUGUCCUAUCUGCUGCAAAUCCUUGGGAGAUAUGGCGGUGUACUUUGGCAUGCUUGAUGCGCUGUUGGCUGCUGAAGAGCUUCCAGAGGAAUACCGUGAUAGGUGCCAGGAUAUUCUUUGUAAUGACUGUGAAAGAAAAGGGAGAUCUCAAUUUCAUUGGCUGUACCACAAAUGCGGCUCCUGUGGUUCUUACAAUACCAGAGUCAUUAAAACUGAUACGGCAGAUUGUUCUAUGCCAAACUAGUAGAGGGGAAUAUUCUUUCUUUUGUUUAGUUUGUAUCUCUGUAAAUAGUCUUACAGAAGCUUGUGUAGCAUAGCUACUGGAGUAUAUUUUUUCAUCCCAUAGCCAGUCAUUUUUGUCAAGCAUAGCGUGCAAUUUACUAGGCGUAGUGCUACUAGUUGUAAAAAUGGACACCGGACUGAACUUCAUCCUGUCAGGUACAUCCUGCCCCAAAGCCUCAGUGUCCACGUCAAAGUAUACAUACACACUAUACAGUACACACAAAUGCCGACGCGAUUACAUAAUCCUUCUAUUGGAUGGGUGGUUCCACUCGUUCAAACGACCAUUUUUACGCAUCA